UUAAAGUAAUAUCUGAAAAGAUAUAAAUAGAUAAAAGAUAUAAAUUUUUCCUAAAUGUCUGUAAAAUGAGAACGAAAAGUACAAUACUGAAACCUUACUUUUAUUUUAAAUCGAAUUUUUAUAUUAUAUGUUCUUUUCGAUUUUAUUUCAAAUAUAAAAAAUUCAUAUUUUUUUGUAUUUAUAAGAAUGAUAUAAAUGUACUUCGUACAUAUUUGUACAUAUUUGUUUUGUUGUAUACUUUAAUAAUAGUUGUAUAUAUAGCGGUAAAUAUAAUUAAUAAAUAUAAUUUUAAGUAAUUUCAGAUUUUAAACAUCUCGUAACUUAUUUAUAUACGAUGACGCAAGUUGAAGAUAUUAAUAGAUAUCUAACUGACGACAGAAUAUUUAAUAAAAUAAAUAAACGGUUUAUGAGCAUGGAUCCUGGUGAUAUGCGAGAUAAUAAUCAACGCUUGAACCCGUUUUUUGACAAGUUAACAGACGCUAUGAAAAAGCAAUGUCCAUUGUUUGCUAAAACCUAUCAAAGAAUUAUAUGGGCUGGGAGUUAUUAUAAAGGAACUCGAUUUGGGCAGCCAGAAGAAUAUGAUUUAAAUUUUGUAAUCAAUUUGCCCAUCAAAGAAAGAGAUGUAGAGUUUACCACGGAUCGGCCAGGUUUUACUAAAAUACGCACGGUUUGGAGAGACAAAAACUUGCAUAAUACUUUAAACAUAGAUCCGAAAGCAUAUAAGUACAUAUUAGAAUUGAAUUCCUUUAUCGACGAUCAAUCCUAUCUGGACCAAGAAAAAUUUCGCAGAUGGAUAAAACGAAUUUUUAGUAAAGUAGCCAAUGCAACUGGUAAAAAUAAUAGAAUUAUACUCGAUGGCUAUGAGCCAAUAAGCAUACGAGAAUCGGGACCAGCAUUUACGCUAAUGUUCCAACUUUCCGGAAGAACCAUCGAUAUCGAUGUAGUUCCUGUUUUAGUUUUUUCAACUAAUACUUUACCACCCAGAUGUUCAAAAAUGCAUUUGUUACAAUCUCCUUCAAAUAAAGUUAGAUGUUGGUCUGCAGUUCCCAAACCUUUAAAUAACAGUAGAGGAGGUUUCGGUGAUUCAAGAAAUCGUUAUUGGCGAUUGUGCUUUUACGAGUUUGAAAAAGACAUGCUUAACAGUCAUAAUUAUGGGCGUAUGAAGCCUAUAAUACGACAGUUAAAGAAACUUCGGGAUACUCAAAGAUGGAACAGCAUCGCAAGUUAUUUUCUCGAAACAUUAUGCUACCACGAAUCAGAAAUGUUUCACAUUACUAACAAAAAAUCGUCAACUUUUUUCUUCUUCACGGUAUUGUACUGAUAAAAUUCCAAAUGUAUGUUUCUAUUAU